CGCUGCAAUUCUUCCCUUUUCUCCUCCUUUCUUUCCUUGCUACCUAUAAGCUAAAAUUUCUCUUUAUUCUCGUCGUAAUGUCCACUAUUCCGGCCAUUUUCGCUGACGAGUCAAUGCUCGGAGACCCACUUUCGGCUUUUGAUACCGGCUCCCCGCCAUGGGACUGCUCGGGACUAUUUUCUGCCGUCCAUUCACCCAAAGCCGUGGUGUCAAGCUCCGGUUCGGACGAGUCGAUCCGUCUGAACCAAAACUCUGCAAACCUAGACUCUUGCUCCGACGAACCGAAUCCAAAACGAGCGACCUCUGUCAUCGACGAGCGCAAGCGGCGGCGCAUGAUAUCGAACCGAGAGUCAGCCAGGCGGUCACGCAUGCGUAAGCAAAAGCAUUUAGAAAACCUACGGAACCAGGUGAACCGGCUUAAACUGGAGAAUCGGGAACUGACAAACCGCCUGAGGCUUAUCAUGUUCCAUUUUGACCGUGUACGGACAGAAAACGAUCGGCUCCAGUCUGAGGACACUAUGCUCCGGCAAAAAUUGUCGGACAUAAGCCAAAUUUUUGUAUUCAAGCAACUUCAGCAGCAGCUCUCUCCUGCAUGGCCAUGCAAUAAUUUCACCGACUUGUCCGAACAAACCCCACCAAUAAUCACUUAAAUAAGCCAUAAAAAUAGCUGCAAAAUUUCUCUAAAACAAGAGCAAAUUAAUAGUUGCUCCCCUCUCUCUAUCUCUCUCUUUUUCUCUUUUUCUCUUUCUCUCUCUAUAUCUCUCUCCCCCUCCCCUCUGUAUAUUAAAAGCUGUUAAGAGAUGGAAGAAUAUGGCGUUUUUGGUCAUUUUAGAUAAGGUGGUUUUAGAAAAAUGGUGGGUUUUAGAAACCAUGGAUUAUUGUUGUGUGGAAAAGUGGUCACAUAGAGUACCGGCUGCUUAGAGUGUUUUUCUUUUCUUUUCUUUUUUUUUCCUCACUUUUUAAUUAAUGGCAUGAAGUUUAAUAAAAGUAAACAUUGAAU